CUACAUGACAUGGUCUGGUGCGUCGGCGCUGAACGCACAAAAGGUUCAUAGCUCCGAGUCUGGUCUUGGAGCUUCCCAUACAACCUGUGUGCGCGUACAAUUUCAGCUGUAUUGUCCAGGACCGCAUGCCUUUUGCUCUGUACAGCCCUUCACAGAGCAUCUGAAAUGCCUAAGCUAUCGGACUACCUGGCCCGGGCCAAGGCGCCUGCAACAGCUGCAGCAGCAACAGCCGGCCCCUCAGUACACAGCGAAAGCACGACACCACAGCAACAAAAUGAUCAACCGCGCAGCCGCAUUAGCGGCCGUGCCGAAGGGCAGCUGGCGGCGCCGCGGCUGCCACCAGCACCUGCCACGCCCGCGCCCACAUCGGCUCCUGCCCCCGCGCUGCUUCAGCAGCUGCACGACCGCUACCUGGAGCAGUUCCGCCGCAGGCUGCGCGAGCGCGGCGGCCGCUGUUAUCGGUACCCGGACGGCAGCUUGCGACCCACGCCGCCGCCCGCCGACUUUUACAGCCAGGCCAACCGCAAGCAUUGGCAGGAGCUGGUGCACCACGCCCGCACAACCGGGGGAGACCCCGAGUACCAGAUGCACGGGUUCUCUCUGCGCUACGGCAUUGGCGUUCCGCACGAGGCGCACCAGCGGCUGUGCCAUGACCUGGACCUUCAGGAGGAGCUACAGCCGCCACUGGCCAUCGGAGACUUCGAGGGCGACCCGCUCACCGACCCCAGCCACCCCUUCAACCGCGAGUGGAAGCAGCUGGCGGACUCGGUGUUCGCUGCCGCGCCACACCCGUGGCGUUCCACGGGCGCCGCCACGGCCACAACCUCUUGAGCCGCAUGCUGCCAACGCCCCAGUGGAGUUCAACGUACGUACAUAUGCGGCAGGGGGCGUACCCCUCAUACGCGGCACCUCCCUGACGUAAAACAUGGAGACAAGCGGAGACAUGCCCUUGGACAGGCAGGGUAAAGCACCCAGGGUGGCGCACCCAAGGAGGUUGCACGACAUGGUUUGGUAAGAAGAUUGAGGUCUGCAAACCAUCCAGUACAGGAAAUGAGCGAUAUGGUUAUGCGGGCUGCAAGAGGGGAUACUAUUGAUGGGGACAGAAGAAUUAUUUGUGGUGGUUGCAGGAGGUUGCCGGUCGACGUGCCAUCGUGCGUGCCAUGGUUGGCACAGGCUGGCAGCCGCGUGCUGGGGAGUGCUCGGCGAGUCCUCGCCACUUACAUAUAACUUGUGAGCUGGUCUGUAAUGACUGCUGCAU